ACUCCUUAAAUCUCUCUCUCAAUUCUUCUCUCACUAAAACCCCAAACUUCACGCUCUUGGCGGCGACUCUUUCAUUCUUCACUCUCUCAAUUCGAUCAUGGCUGCUGCUGUUCCUUCCUCUGACAACGCUGCAAGUUUAAUGCAGAAUUUGUCCCUGGAUUCGCAGCCCAAGGCCGUUGUUGGAGAUGCUGAGCCCGUGAAGAAGAAUGGACCUGUUUUUUCCAGUGGUACUAAGGGGACGGCCAAGCCAUUCAAUCCAAAUCCAUGCUUUGUUCCAAAUGGAUACCCUUACUUUUAUGGAGGUUAUGACGGGCAAGGAGAUUGGAAUGCCUACUCCAGUUAUGUGAACCUUGAUGGAGGGAUGGCUCAAGGUAUGUAUGGGGAUAACUGCUCUUAUAUGUAUCAUCAAAGUUAUCCAUAUACACCAUAUGGAACAUAUGCUUCGCCGAAUUCCUCCUCUCCGUUAGUUCAACAUGAUGGCCAGCUCUAUGGGCUGCAACAGUAUCAGUAUCCUGGUUCUUAUUACAAAACUCCAACUUCUGCUGAUGCAUCAUUUGCUCCGAACAAAACCAGUGUUCCGCAAGUGGAAAUGUCAACUGGAGUUAAUGCGGACCGUGUCCCUUCAAAUGUUAUGAAUAAAGGGAACUCUGUUAGCAUGGCCAACGGUGAUUGUACAAACCAAAAUGGGUUGAAGUCAUUUAUGACUAGUUCCCAGCACUCCUCUUUGAAUGCUAGGGAUUCUUAUCAAGCAUCUAGCUUGCCAGCUUGUGCUCCAUUGUCAGGAUAUCAAGGUCCAAGAUUGAGUAGUCAUGGUACACAGUCAACAGUCCCUACAGAUGUGUCAUUAGUUUCUGAUAGACAGUCCAAACAUGGAGGAAAGGUUGGAUUAUCUUCGCAAGUGGCGCCUGUCAAAGAUUUCUCAUCUCAAAGGAAUCAAAGACACACUCAGCCACUUCCACAAUUUGUGAACUUUAAUGGAUCCAGACAUCCAUCUGGGAUGGAACUAGUUCCUGGAUUCAUGAACGGGAUGUAUCCUAGCAACACAAUGUUCAGCCAAUAUGGAAACACAUUUAGGGCUAGUUCUCGUUAUGGGUCUUCUGCAUACACAUCUAGAACAGGCUCUGUUGAUAACAAGUUUAGAGCUGCAGGUAAUGGUUAUGUUAACGAUUCCAGGAAAAAUGUCGAUGGUUUCAGUGAGCUAAAUAAGGGACCGAGAGCUGCCAAGAGUUCUGAUAUUAAAAGCGUCAAAAGUCUUGGACCUGUUACAUUGUUACUCAAAGGACAGAACCUUCCAGCAAAAACUGACGACAAAGAAGUUCCUGUGGUCCCGAAUAAAGAACAAUACAAUGGGGAAGAUUUGUCCGAGAAUUAUUCCGACGCAAAAUUUUUCGUCAUCAAAUCCUAUAGCGAGGAUGAUGUUCAUAAAAGCAUAAAAUAUAGUGUUUGGGCAAGCACUCCUAACGGUAACAAAAAGCUGGAUGCGGCUUAUCAGGAAGCCAAGGAGAAACCUGGUGGCUGUCCCAUAUUUCUGUUAUUUUCGGUCAACACUAGCGGUCAAUUUGUCGGUUUAGCAGAGAUGACCGGCCCCGUUGAUUUUGGUAAAACUGUUGAAUAUUGGCAGCAGGACAGGUGGACUGGUUGCUUCAAUGUGAAGUGGCAUGUCAUAAAGGAUAUCCCAAAUGGUGUGUUAAGGCACAUAACCUUGGAAAACAAUGAAAACAAACCUGUAACUAAUAGCAGGGAUACUCAAGAGGUUAAGUUUGAGAAGGGUAUUCAAAUUGUCAAAAUUUUCAAGGAGCAUUCAAGCAAGACAACCAUAUUAGAUGAUUUUGGGUUUUAUGAGACCCGUGAAAAGGCCACUCAGGAGAGAAAAUCUAAGGAACACCAGUUGUUACCGAAACAGGUAAACAAGGCUACUGAAAUAACAUUUGGCUCAGUUACAUUACCCAAGUCUCUUGAUGCAACAUUGGUGAAUGAAUCAGCUACUGCAGAUGCAGCACAGGGAAAGGUGAAUUCAGAACUUCUGUUAGAAAGGAAUGGAUCCACCCCAGCAUUUGAAGAUUCUUCAAAAGAGUAGUUAAACUAGUGAUUAGUCAUUUGCUAAUAUUUGUUUUGUUUUUCGUUAUGUUAUUUAUUUUCUGGUUAUUUUUAUUUUCUUCCCAUUUCGUUAGUCAUGGAUCAAGUUGUGUUUUUGUGUUUUAAUUUCUGCUUAUUUGACCAUGGUAUGGAGAAAAUUAACUCAUGUUCAGUUUUUCUUGUCUCUUUUAAUUUAAUAAUAUAAAUCGUGGCCGUUUUAGUCCUA